UCUGAACUGAUGUCACAGCAUCAUGCAGCAGGUCAAACAAGGCAUCUCCUAGUAUUGCAUCCUACAGAUGUGCUGUAAACAUCAAAAGAAGACAGUGGGAGCAGGAGAUGCUGUUUUGGAAAGAAGUAAGGUUUAGACUUCUCCAUGUUAACCAUGAGUGUGACACUUUCCCCCCUGAGGUCACAAGACCUGGAUCCCAUGGCUACUGAUGCUUCACCCAUGGCCAUCAACUUGACACCCACUGUGGAGCAGGGUGGGGGAGAAGAGGCGAUGAAGGAAAUGGAUUCUGACCAGCAGUAUGAAAAACCACCCCCACUGCACACAGGGGCCGACUGGAAGAUUGUCCUUCACUUACCUGAAAUUGAGACCUGGCUCCGGAUGACCUCAGAGAGGGUCCGGGACCUGACCCAUUCAGUCCAGCAGGACUCAGACAGCAAGCAUGUGGAUGUGCAUCUCGUUCAACUGAAGGACAUUUGCGAAGAUAUUUCUGAUCAUGUUGAACAAAUCCAUGCCCUCCUUGAGACUGAAUUCUCCCUGAAGCUGCUGUCCUACUCUGUCAAUGUGAUCGUGGACAUCCACGCGGUGCAGCUCCUCUGGCACCAGCUCCGAGUGUCGGUACUGGUCCUGCGGGAGCGCAUUCUGCAGGGUCUGCAGGACGCCAAUGGCAACUACACCCGGCAGACGGACAUUCUGCAAGCUUUCUCCGAAGAGACAACAGAGGGCCGGCUGGAUUCUCUAACGGAAGUGGAUGACUCAGGACAGCUAACUAUCAAAUGCUCUCAAAAUUACUUGUCUCUGGAUUGUGGUAUUACGGCAUUUGAACUGUCUGACUACAGUCCAAGUGAGGAUUUGCUCGGUGGCCUGGGUGACAUGACAUCUGGCCCGGUCAAAACCAAACCCUUUGACUCUUGGAGCUACAGUGAGAUGGAAAAGGAGUUCCCUGAGCUCAUCCGAAGUGUUGGGUUACUUACGGUGGCUACUGACCCCAUCCCUUCCCACUGCAGUGAAGUAUCCCUUUCAGCAGGUGAUGAAGGUGGAUGUGAGGAAAACAGUGCUUCUGCAGUCGAGGAGAAACCAGGCUUAGUGCAGGGGACAUCUUCUUCAGUGGAAGCUCUGACAAAUGCUGCCCCACCCUCUUCUGAGACUGCAAAGCAGGAAUCCAAUCCCUCCUCCCAACUUGGAGCAAAGAACCAACAGCCUCCUCCUUGUGAAAAUGCAACCCCCAAGCGAUCCAUCAGAGAUUGCUUUAAUUACAACGAGGACUCUCCCACGCAACCCACAUUGCCAAAAAGAGGGCUUUUCCUUAAAGAAGAAAAAUUUAAGCAAAAUCUGAAAGGCGCUGAUGGAAAGAAGCAGAUGGUAGAUCUCAAGCCUGAGAUGAGCAGAAGCACCCCUUCUCUGGUGGAUCCGCCCGACAGAUCCAAGCUCUGCCUAGUGUUACAGUCUUCCUACCCCAGCAGCCCUUCUGCUUCCAGCCAGUCCUACGAGUGUUUGCACAAGAUGGGGGAUGAGUAUCUUGAAAACACAGUCAAAGGUCACCUUAAAGAAAUCUCCUCCAGCCUGGGAAGGCUUAACGACUGCCAUAAUGAGAAACCUCGACUUAAAAAGCCACAUAAGACCCCAGAAGAGGUGCCUCCAUGCCAAACACCUAAAGGGGGAACCGAUUCAGGCAAGCAAACAGAAAACACAAGGAGUUCCGUGGUGCCAAAUGGAACUCCUUCUUGUACUUCCAAGGCCACGGAGAGGCCAGGAACAGAUUCUGCUUCCACAUCCUCACUUGAGCUGUGCGAUCAAAGAAGCUGGAAUACCAAACUACCAGUGCAGUCAGCAACAUCCAGUUCACCACCUUUUACUCACAGCAGCAAAUCCCCUGUUGGCUCAGACAACGUCAUAUCUCCAGAACCCUGUCUUUCAAAACACAAAAGCAAAAAAUGUUACUCCUCUUCCCCAAGCCACAUCACAAAGAAUGGCCGGGUUAUGGAGGCCUGGUAUGGCUCUGACGAAUACCUGGCACUGCCCUCUCACCUUAAGCAGACAGAAGUAUUAGCUUUGAAGUUGGAAAACUUAACAAAGCUUCUGCCUCAGAAACCCAGAAGAGAAACCAUUCAGAAUAUAGAUGACUGGGAACUGUCUGAAAUGAAUUCAGAUUCCGAGAUGUAUCCAACAUACCACAUAAAGAAGAAACAUACAAGGCUGGGCAGGGUGUCUCCAAGCUCAUCCAGUGACAUAGCCUCUUCCCUGGGGGAGAGCAUUGAAUCUGGGCCCCUGAGUGACAUUCCUUCGGAUGAGGAGCUGGGUAUGCCUCUCUCUGGCAUGAAAAAAUACGCUGAUGAGAAGUCCGAGAGAGCUUCAUCUUCUGAGAAAAAGGAAAGCCGUUCUGUCACAAAAUCGGCUUUAAUUCAGAAACUUAUGCAAGAUAUUCAACACCAAGACAACUAUGAAGCCAUAUGGGAAAAAAUAGAGGGGUUUGUAAAUAAGCUGGAUGAAUUCAUUCAAUGGUUAAAUGAAGCCAUGGAAACCACUGAGAAUUGGACACCCCCGAAAGCAGAGACGGAUGGCCUUAAACUGUACCUGGAGACACACUUGAGUUUCAAGUUGAAUGUAGACAGUCAUUGUGCUCUCAAGGAAGCUGUGGAGGAGGAAGGACACCAGCUUCUUGAGCUUAUUGCAUCUCACAAAGCAGAAGGACUAAAGGACAUGCUGCGGAUGAUUGCAAGUCAAUGGAAGGAGCUGCAGAGGCAAAUCAAACGGCAGCACAGCUGGAUUCUCAGGGCUCUGGACACCAUCAAAGCCGAGAUCCUGGCUACCGAUGUGUCUGUGGAGGAUGAGGAAGGGACUAGAAGCCCCAAGGCUGAGGUUCAACUAUGCUACCUGGAAGCACAAAGGGAUGCUGUUGAGCAGAUGUCCCUGAAGCUGUACAGUGAGCAGUACACCAGCAGCAGCAAGAGGAAAGAAGAGUUUGCUGAUAUGUCAAAAGUUCAUUCAGUGGGAGGCAAUGGGCUUCUGGACUUUGAUUCAGAAUAUCAGGAGCUCUGGGAUUGGCUGAUUGACAUGGAGUCCCUCGUGAUGGACAGCCACGACCUGAUGAUGUCAGAGGAGCAGCAGCAGCAUCUUUACAAGCGAUACAGUGUGGAAAUGUCCAUCAGGGACCUGAAAAAGAGAGAGCUGCUUAGUAAGGUUGAAGCUUUGAAGAAAGGUGGCGUUUUACUACCGAAUGAUCUCCUUGAAAAAGUGGAUUCAAUUAAUGAAAAAUGGGAACUGCUUGGGAAAACCCUAGGAGAGAAGAUCCAGGACACAAUGGCAGGGCACAGUGGGUCGGGCCCACGUGACCUGCUCUCUCCUGAAAGCGGAAGCCUGGUAAGGCAGCUGGAGGCCAGGAUCAAAGAGCUGAAAGGGUGGCUAAGAGAUACAGAGCUUUUCAUCUUCAAUUCCUGUCUGAGACAAGAAAAGGAAGGAACAAUGAAUGCUGAGAAACAACUGCAAUACUUUAAGUCCCUGUGUCGUGAAAUCAAGCAGCGGCGCCGUGGAGUGGCCUCCAUCCUGCGACUGUGCCAGCAUCUCCUGGAUGAGGGGGAGACCUGCGACCUGAGCGCAGACCACCAGCCCAUGCAGCUGAUCAUCGUCAAUCUCGAAAGGAGGUGGGAAGCCAUUGUCCUGCAUGCCGUCCAGUGGCAGACGAGGCUUCAGAAGAAGAUGGGAAAGGACUCUGAGACUUUGAAUGUGAUUGACCCUGGCUUGAUGGACCUAAACGGGACCAGCGAGGAUGCCCUGGAAUGGGAUGAAACUGAUAUAAGUAACAAGUUAAUUAGUUUGAAUGAAGAAUCAAAUGAUCUCGAUCAAGAACCCCAACCUGUCACGCCUUCCUUAAAACUUGAAGAGACAGGUAGUGAAGGACCUGAUUAUGAAGAUAAGGCAGGUGACCACGGGGGAUCUCCGUGUACCUCAAGCGUUACCGCCCCCUCCAGUCCACACAUUUACCAAGUAUACAGCCUCCACAACGUGGAGCUCUAUGAGGACAGCCACGUGCCGUUCCUGAAGAACAGUCCGAAGCUCACCAGCACGACACAGCCUAGUAUUUUAACUAAGAGUCUCAGUAAAGACUCUUCGUUUUCAUCUACCAAAUCUUUGCCGGAUCUUCUAGGGGGUUCCAGUUUGGCGAAGCCCUGCCCGUGCCAUGGCAGAGACGCGAGCCAGAAUUCAGGCAGCGAGAGCGGGAUCGUCAGCGAAGGAGACACUGACACCACUGCCAACUCCGAAGCGUGCUUGCUCAGUGUGGGAGAUGGGUCCCCAAGUAACCCUGACGCUGAGCAUCUGGACCCACCAAUGCGAGAUGCCAUUAAUGUGUUAGAGCAGAAAUUUAAAGAUGAGGAGGAAGCCGUUAAGCUUCCAAACAGCUCUCAGUCAUCCACUUCACCAGUGGGUUGUGUAAAUGGAAAAGUAGGAGAUUUGAACAGUGUUAUUAAACAUACCCCUGACUGUUUGGAAGAAGAAUUACAAGGAAAACAUGAUGUGUUUACAUUUUAUGAUUACUCAUACCUCCAAGGCUCAAAACUGAAAUUACCAAUGAUAAUGAAACAGUCACAAAAUGAAAAAGUCCAUGUAGAGGAUCCCUUGCUUCAUGGCUUUUAUUUUGAUAAAAAGUCCUGCAAAUCUAAACAUCAUGCUACAGAGUUACAACCAGACGCACCUCCCCAUGAAAGGAUUUUGGCAAGUGCAUCCCAUGAAAUGGAUCACAGUUCAUAUAAAAGUGGUGAUGUAGAGAAGACAUUCACUGGCAUGCAGAAUGCCAAACAGCUCUCCCUUCUAUCUCAUAGUUCCUCUAUAGAUUCCCUUUCUCCAGGGAGUGAUUUAUUUGGAUUGGGCAUCUUUAAAACCGGCAGCGACAGCCUCCAGCGAAGCACUUCUUUAGAAAGUUGGUUGACAUCCUAUAAAAGUAAUGAAGAUCUUUUUAGCUGUCACAGCUCUGGGGACAUAAGCGUGAGCAGCGGCUCAGUUGGUGAACUGAGUAAAAGGACAUUAGAUCUUCUGAAUCGUCUGGAGAAUAUCCAGAGCCCCUCAGAGCAAAAGAUAAAGCGAAGUGUUUCUGAUAUCACUCUUCAAAGCAGUUCCCAAAAGAUGUCCUUGACUGGCCAGCUGUCGUUGGACAUAGCCUCUUCUAUCAAUGAAGACUCGCCGACAUCUCUUACAGAACUCAGCAGCAGUGAUGAGCUCUCUCUUUGCUCAGAGGAUAUUGUGCUGCACAAGAACAAGAUCCCGGAAUCAAAUGCUUCCUUCAGGAAGCGCCUGACUCGUUCGGUGGCUGAUGAAAGCGAUGUCAAUGUCAGCAUGAUCGUGAAUGUCUCUUGCACCUCUGCUUGCACUGAUGACGAAGACGACAGUGACCUCCUCUCCAGCUCCACUCUCACCUUGACAGAAGAAGAGCUGUGCAUCAAAGAUGAGGAUGAUGACUCCAGUAUCGCGACAGACGACGAAAUUUAUGAAGACUGCAACUUGAUGUCAGGGUUGCACUAUAUAAAGAAUGAACUGCACACCUGGAUUAGACCAAAGCUUUCCUUGACUAGAGAUAAGAGAAGAUGUAAUCUCAGUGAUGAAAUAAGGGGCAGUAAGGACAUUAGGAGUGAGAUGACCAAUCCUUCUGACACCCUGAGCAUUGAGGCCCUGCUAAAUGGCUCCACAAAAUGUUUCUCUGAAAAUAACGGAAAUAGUAAGAAUUUAUCCAACACCCAUGAGUUAGGGACAAAAGGUGAAAAUAAGAAAAAUAUUUUCAAAGUUAAUAAAGAUCCAUAUGUGGCUGACAUGGAAAAUGGCAAUAUUGAAAGUACUCCAGCAAGACAGAAGGAUGAACUUCAUGGGACUUCAAAGGAAUCAGAAAAUCUUGGUGUAAGCAGGAAAAGGAUUUCAGAGGGUGAGCAUUGUGAAUGUAAAGCAUUUGUGGAUAGCUCAGGUGAUUCAGACGUUGCUAGAAAGGAAUUUGUCCCCCAAACUGCUAGACAUCUUCCUCAAAAAUGUCAGAACCACCACCAUUUUGAAAAUCAAAGGGCUGCUUCUACUCUCAUUGAGAAGUCUUGCCCAGAACUGCCUUCAGAGACCAGAGUUAUCAACAGACCAGACUCUGACUUACUGAAAUCUUCAUCUAAUGGUGCACCAACUAGGGCUGGAAAAUCUGCUGAUUGCUGCCUAGCAGUUGAACAAAAUCAAAUCGAGGAACAUGCCUCUAUUAGUGACAACACUUCCUGUUGUGAAUGUGAGUCAAUUGUUUUCCAUCCAAAAGAUGCUGAAGAUUGUUCAGUACACGACUUUGUUAAGGAAAUUAUUGACAUGGCUUCAACCGCCCUAAAAAGUAAAUCUCAACCUGAAAAUGAGGCAGCUGCUCCUACUUCAUUAACCCAAAUCAAGGAAAAAGUGUUAGAACAUUCUCACCGGCCCAUCCAGCUGAGAAAAGGAGACUUUUAUUCCUACUUAUCUCUCUCAUCUCAUGACAGUGAUUGUGGGGAGGUCACCAAUUACAUAGAAGAGAAGAGCAACACUCCUUUGCCACUGGAUGUCACCGACUCUGGCCUAGAAGACAAGGAAGACAUUGAAUGCUUCUUUGAGGCCUGUGUUGAGGAUGACCCUGAAAAAGAUGAGCCCCGUUUCUCCAGCGCUCCUCCAAAUGAACCUGUGGGUACCAGUGCGGCCACGAUGCCAUUACAAGCAGCAGCAGGCUCUUCUAGAUUUAGUGAUAUUUCUCUCGUAGCUGAUGAUACAGACAUGGUGGCUUUUUCAAAUCCUCCCCCUCAGGAAGGAUCUGACAUUGGAAAGGAAGUGGAUGGUUUACCCCAGGCUUCCAAUGUCUGUGGAGAAAGCUCCAAGUCCACUAUGCCCUCAAGGCUGGGCAGUGAAAAAGGAAGUUCAGAACACCCGGGUGAGCCUGGAAUGCUGGAGGAACAUAAUGCUGCUUCAGCCAAACCUGGAGUUCCAGGACUCUUGUCAAAGGCAACAGAGCCCAAGGACAAAGCUGCAUUGCAUCCCAACUCCAAAACUUUAACCUGUGAAGGAAAUCCUCUAAACCUUGAUGAAGAACAACAUAGAAAUAUGCAUAGGUAGAAUGUAACCCUCUCCAAGCAUGAAAAUCAUCUCAUUGAAAGAUAAGCCUGGCUGCAACCCAGGGGCAGCCUCAUACUCCCACCCCAGGCUGGUCUCUGUUCCACCGCGUCACUGCCGUUUGUGACACUGACCUCCCCCAAGAUGACCCUUCUGAAUGCGGUUUGCCCACGUGCCCUCGUGAUCUGGAUGUGUGCACUGGUUCUCUUUAGGUGACUGUCUCUGAAGUUCAGCAAAACUGCUUAUUCCCCGCGGAUUCCCUUCCCAAGCUACCUCUGCCAGCCCCGCCUCUCCAGCAAGACUUUUCUGUUCGUUUCUCCCCCUCUGCAUCUGCUUUCUAAAGUUCUGCAGCUCACCGAAUUGAUGGUCCAUUAAAUUCUCCUGUCUGGAAUGAGCCCUGCCAGUACUUGACCAAUUUUAUGUUUCAAUAUGAAUUUUUGGUAAUGAUAUGAUGCUUAUGUUUAUUGAAAGAGUUUUACCUAAAAGGGCAACAUUCGAUGUGAUUACAGCACAGAGAAGAAACACUGGUCUUUCGUUCAAAAUUAAGCAACUUUUAAAAGCACCAUUUUAUUUAUUUUAUUUUAAUAAUAAUAAUCUAUGCAGCACUUCAAGAAACAACUAUAUGGUGUUGUAUAUUAUAAACUGGUGACAUUCUAUUAAAUCAUGUACAACAUUUUGGUUUUCUUAUGCUUCUUGAGGUGGUAAUGCGAAAAAAGUUUUUUAAAAAGUGUGCCUUGCUGUAUUUCUUAUACCAUUUAUUAAAAAGCUGCUUUCAUGGUAAAAUUAGGUUGGUUUGAAGGGAAGAAAUAGCAAGGUUAGGAUGUGUGAAUAAUUCCUGUAUAUAUGUAUAACCAAGUACAAACAUUGAUGUAUAAUGACAGUAUAAAAUGCUUUCAUGUUUGUGAUGUCUAGUGAUGUGGAAAAUAUAAGCCUUAAAUCCAUUAGAUUGCAUGGUAAUUAAAAUUGGCAUAAUAAACAUAGCUUAUUAGGGGAAAAGGGAAAUUAGUGAUCUCUUCUACCUGUGUUCUUUACCAAAUUAUUGCAUCUGGUUCUGGAAAAAAAUAUUACAGAUAGCAGCUUCCAAAAUAUCUAUCUUUCAUAUGAGGCUUAAAAUGACCUAAACUAGAAUCUACACAUGAAGUCUUUUCAAUUUUCAGAAUAUUUCCAAUCACUAUAAAGAUCUUGGAACACAAAUGAUUUAAUGAUAUUUCCCCUAAAACAGUAAAAAAAAUUUUUAGGUUUUUUAUUUCUGUUUCUCGUUAAUGGUAUUAAUGUUGAAUUUCAGGAUACAUCUUAUAUUUAUUUUAUAUAAUUCUUUUGAAUGGGUUUGAUACAAAAGAUGGUAGGACAAUAUAGAAAAUUUGACUAUUAUUUUGAUUUAGAUUACUGAUUUCAAGUGUAUUUAUUUUGUGUAAAAGAAAUCAACUACAAAAUAAUCCGUUUGGUCUUCACUGCUCUUGUUAAAUGCAGUUUCUAACUUUAUUCUAAUGCCUACUAAAGUGCCUAACACAGUAGGUAUUCAAUAAAAAUUUGUUGAAUUGAAAUAUUGAGUUAGGUAAUAUGGAUAACAUUGAUCUUUUCAUCUAGAGAGAUCUACACCAAAACCUGUAAACAACUAGAAAAAGACAAAACACAGUUAGAAAACCGCACAUAAUAGAAGGCCCGGCACAAAUAACGCCCCUACUUAAUUACAAAAUCUUUUAUUACAAAAUCAUAAGCAGGUAAUUCUGUAACAUAAUAUCACACUGAAGCAUACAAUCUGACAUUUUGGGUGAGAUGUUCAAAUUAAAACUACAAAUUAUUACGCCUGUAUCAUUGUCCUACUCACCACACUCAAGCAGGCGUUACUUCUGCUGGACCCUGUAUAUAACCAAUUUAUACCAAAUUAAAAAAAAAAUAAUGUGUGGAUUUAUACAGUCCCAGAAAUGACAAUCAUUCAUUCAUCUGAUAAUUAAUUAACUUCUUUUACCUGCAAGGCACUGUUCUAGAUACAGGGGACACAAUGAUAAGUGAACAGAGGCCCUGCCCUCCGCAGGCCCACCUGCGUUCCUGACGAAGUGAACACAGACGUGAGAGGCAGUCGUUGUCCUGCAGGUGAUGAAAAGAGCAAAGUGGUGAAAGAGGUACAAAGACAAGCAGCAAGGAGGGACAAGGAGGAAGGGAAGAGUUAGAAGAGAGCAGAGUUAGACAAUAGGGAAUUAGUGAAGCUUAUUGCAGGAGUAGUGGGAGAAAAGGUAAGUUGGGAGACUUAAUGGAGGGUCUUUCUAAAAAGUUAAGUUGGAGCUUUUGUAUGUGAUAUGCUAGGUAGUAAGGAAAUUUUGUCAAAUCUUUGCUUUGCACUGGAUAUUAUUUAUUGUUAGGACUUUAUCAGUAGCACACCAAGAACAUUUAAGAAAAACUAGUCUAUAAUUAUACCAUUUUAAUAACUACUUGUAUUUUUAUUCCCCUUCUAAUAUUUUUCCAUACAUAUUUCAAAACUGAUGAAUCAUAUUAGGCUUUUGACCAGACAGUAAUUUGAUCACAAGGGGUUUUAGGCAGACAUUUAGUUGCAGUGUUCAAGAUGAUUAAAGGGGAAGAAACUAGAGAUAAAUGUCUCAUUAGGAGAUAGUUUUAGAAAAUAAUCUAGUAUUGAGAGGAUGACAGAAGCUAACAGGGAUAGUGGCCUGCGAUCUAGAGGAAAAAUAUCCUAUUGUCUUUGAAAUACCUAAGAACAUUCUGGAUACCUGUUGAGGUAUGUUAUUAUUUUAUAUACUGAGGAAACCUAAAUUUUCCUUGGGUACUAACUAAUGCCAAGUCUACAUCUACUAACUAAUGCCAAGUCUACAUCUAUCAGUAAAACAUUCUAAGAACAAGCAGAUCAUGAUACUCUGUUUACCUGUGAUGUACUCAUUAAAAACCUUGAGGUAUUGAAAAUAUUUGUUUAUUAAUACUCUAUUUAGUGUAAACACCGCAUUUGUAGAAUGACUUUCAGGUUUAUUGUACUGAUACAAUGCUUUUUCAGGUUGGAAGGGAUGGCAUAGCCUCAAUCUCUUGCUCUAUGUAGAUGCUACCUCCUUAGUUACCCUGGAAAAUGGUCAUACCAACUCUACCCACACACUUCCAGUGACACUCUUAAGGCAAACUGUCCCCUCUGGGGCAUGUCUCUCUGCUGGAAAGCUAUUUCUUGGGUUGCUAAAAUCUGCAUAGUGGCCCCCAUCCCACCUUUAAUUUUGCUUACUGGUCCUAAUUCUUUCCUGAUAAGCUUCUCAGAGAAUUUCUACCCCUUCUUUUUCAUGGUAACCCUGAAAAUAAUUGAGACCACUUACUCACCCUCCCCCAGCUGUUAUGAUUUCUCUUUUUUAAUUCCCUCAACAGCCUUUCAUAUGCCAUGAGUUUCAGAUCCAUUUCAACCUGACUGAAUGUUAACAGACAGAAUCCUUGAAACUGAGGAACUGUCUUCAUCAUCAUACAUGUAGAAAAAUAUCUGAACAUUUAAGUGGUAAGUUUUCUCUAAAAAUAUAUUAAGAUAUAUGUUUAUUCUAUUAUUGUAAAUUUCAAUAAAUAAAUAAAUAAGCAAAUAAAUAAGAAUCCAUUACUUCCUUCAGUGGAUCAGUCCAGUGCCAGAGUAAUCUUGAAUCUUUACCUUACAUCAAAUUGAAAUCUAACCUGUCUCCAUAUAAAUCAGGGUCCCCCCCUUUCAUUUAUUCAUUCAUUCAUUCAUUCAUUCAUUCAUUCAUUCAUCGAGUGGCUACUUGUGUGAAGUACUCUGUUUGGCAUUAGAGAUACAAAGGCAACUAAAAUGUGGUCUCUGCCUUCAAAAGUUUACAGUUUUUCUUGUGAAAGUGCCUUUCAUGUCCUCAAAUAGAGUGGUUUUUCCAAAUUAAAUGAUGACCCAUUAAUUUUGUUUCCUAUCUAGUUUCUACAUUUAAAAAAAAAAAUCUAGUGAGCAAAAUGGUAUGCAGAAUUAUAUGGAUCUCAGU